AUGCUCUUGACACUCUUUGCAGGCUGGGGCAGUUGGAGCUGGGGAACGAAAACGCUCAACCUCCAGGACUCUGGGAACGUGAUGAGCGGCAGCAAGUAUGCCCUGUGCGCCACGCUGGCUCCCUACGGCGCAGUGUCCUUGAAGUCCAACAUCCCCUUCACCCUGGACGGCAUCCUGGGCCUCUACAUCCACAGCACCGGCGGCGCCACCACCUCCUCCAACACCAGCUUCUCCCUGGGCGACCUGGAGCUGCAGUUCGAGUCCAGCGCCCCCUCCUCCUACACCAUCUCCCGCUCCUACACCCUGUCCGAGCUGCUCAACCGCCAGGGAUGGAUUGACGGCAAGAGCCCGGACACCAUGCUGCACAACAUCGAGAGCAACGGCUGGGAGUCGCUCAAGGUGCAGAUGGGCGGCUUCGCGCCCAGCGGCACCGACUCCGCCAAGUACGACCGCAUCACGCUUGGCUCCUGCCUCCAGCGCUUCGACCUGUGCACAGGGAAGACCGUGCCUGACAUCUACCUCUGUCUGGACAAGCUGGUGAUGGUGUCGGGAGGGUGA